AUGACCACAUUUGGUGAAAUUGUCGAACCGUGCAGUAGGACUACCUGGGAAGAUUGGGAUGAAAUCAAUACCGAAAGAGAUAUAACUAUAUUGCAAUGGAAAUUACCUUUAAAAGUACCACAUAAUGUAAAUACAUUAUUUGUUCUUGAUGGAAAAUUUUUAUCCGACUGUAUAAAAGUGCAACCUAAGGAUAAUUUAAAAUUAGUCAAUUCUAUUCCGGAAGUAAAUGCACAUAUGUAUGAAGUAAAAUCUGGUGACCAGUUUGUUUUUACUAUUAAAGAUUAUAACUUACUUCAAAGCAGUGAAAUUGCAGAAUUGCUAAAACCCAUUCUUUGCAAAAGUACAGAUGUUAUAACAAUUCAAACUAAACCACUUAUGGAUUAUCAGACAGCAAAUGGUUCUAUACACUCAUGUAUUAUAAGGCAGCUGAACACUUCAACUUUAUCAAAUAAAUUUCAAAAUUAUAUGUACAGUAAACUCGAACAACCUAAUAUUUUAUCUGGAAUAUCUGCUGGAGCAAUAUGCUUACGAGAGCACAUGAGCUUACCAGCAAUUGCUUUGGUUUAUUACAUGGAACAUGUUGAACAGUUUCAGACAAAUGAAAUACAAAUUUUAUUGGAGAAGCUUCAAAUUAUUGAAAAAAGCAAUGCAAUAUUUAAUAGUAUAUUGACUUCUAAUUUGUACAUU